GGAGCGGGGUCCCGUCGGCGCCGGGCCAGGCACGACGGGCAGCCCCCCGCCCCCGGAAGGGCAGCAGCCCGGCGGGCCGCCCCCGCGGCCACGAUCUCGGCCUUUGCGGCGCUGACUCACGGCGCCGCCGCACGACUCCGGCCUUUCGCGCCGCGCCGUGACUCACGCGCGCGCCCCCGCCGGGCCCGAGGGGCGGGGCGACGGCGGGGGGCGGCCGCGCCGCGUACAAAGCGCCGCCGCCGAGGUGCCCCCGCCGGCGGCGGGCCCGCGCGGGGCCGGCAUGGAGGGAGCCGCGGCGUUGCUGGGCCGCUGCCCCGCCGGGCUGGGCGCCGCCGUCUGCGCCGCCGCCGCCGGGCUGCUGCUCUACCGCCUGGCGCGGAGGAAGAAGCCCACACAUGUGACGGUGAACUGCUGGUUCUGCAAUCAGGACACGGUAGUGCCGUAUGGGAAUCGCAACUGCUGGGAUUGCCCCAACUGUGAGCAGUACAAUGGGUUCCAAGAGAAUGGAGACUACAACAAGCCCAUCCCUGCUCAAUACAUGGAACACCUUAACCAUGUUGUGUCAGGUGGUACAACUUUUUGUGAUCCUACUAAACCACAGCAGUGGGUGAGCAGCCAAAUUUUGCUUUGUAAGAAAUGCAACAACCAUCAAACCACAAAGAUCAAACAGCUGGCUUCAUUCUCACCAAGGGAGGAGGGCAAAUAUGAUGAGGAGAUUGAGGUAUACAAGCACCAUCUGGAGCAGACCUACAAGCUGUGCCGUCCAUGCCAGGCUGCUGUGGAGUAUUACAUAAAACAUCAGAAUCGGCAGCUCCGGGCGCUGCUGCUUAGCCACCAUUUCAAAUGCCGUGAAACAGACAAGUCCCCUACUCAGAAUUUAUGUUCGUUCUCCUCUUCUGCUUCCAUAACCACACCAGCUCAGGUGAUAUUUCUGCGGUUCUUAGCCUUCCUCAGCUGUGCGUUCCUCGUUCUGAUGGCCUUGUAUGGGUCAAGCGACCCCUUCUCACUCAGCACAGCAGUCCCUGCUCCUCUCUCCUCUGGUCCAGCGUCCAUUCGGAACAGGACUGGCACAAGCUCGCUUGCAGACUUGGAAAAUGACACUUCUGUGACAGUGGCAAGCUGGCGGGAGCUGCUUCGCCUGCUCCCAGAACAGAUGGUGGAGAACCUGAGUGCCGCAUGGGCUUACGGGAAGAAUCACCAGAUGGCAGUUGCUGUCCUUGGGCUGUUCACCUGCUUGUUGGCCAUGUUCUUAGCUGGACGGAUCAGGCUCCGGAGAAUUGAUGCGUUUGCUUCAGUCUUGUGGUUUGUAGUGAUGAGCCUGCAUUUAGCUGAGAGGUACCUGAAGACGGAAACAGCCAACUGGCUAGACACAGCCAAAUUUGGCACCACAUCCUUGUGCUGCUUGGUGGGCUUCACCGCAGCAGUGGCCACGCGGAAGUCAACGGGCCAUCGGAGAUACCGGCCCCGAAGGUACCUUUCUGGGGAUUCAAUUACUCUUUUUCCCAGCGGCACUGGGAAUGGCUUCCCUUCCUCUGCUACAUCUCUCUUUGUCCCAACACCACCCAGCAUUCUCCAACUGACAAACCAACAGCUCUUCAGGUCCCCACGCAGGACUUCUUCUUCUUCUCUUCCUGGACGUCUCAACAGGGCGCUCUCGCUGGGUACCAUCCCCUCCUUGGCCAGGGCAGAUUCUGGCUACUUGUUCAGUGGAAGUCGACCAGCCUCGCAGUCGUCUCAGUCCAAGGAAUCUCCCACAUCAGAGCAUUUCUCCCUGCUGUCGGGCAGCUGUGCUCCCUCCCGCAUCCCCUCUCCAGCACCGUCUGUGGCUGGCUCUGUGACGUCCAGCUCAGGCUCCCUGCGGUACCGCCGGCCUCUCAUCAGCCCAGCCCGCCUGAACCUGAAAGGCCAGAAACUGCUGCUUUUCCCAUCUCAGAAUGAGGCACUGCUCACCCCAACUAGCUCAGAGGAGCACACCCACUCUGACAGCAACAUCUUUGCCACCGAGUUGCCCUCCUUUCCAAAGAAGAACCUCAGCGAGCGGGGAAUGCAUGGUAUGCUUGCAGCCUGCUGCACUCCUGGAAAUGCAUUUGUAGGAAGGAGCUGGCUUGCAAGCAAAGCCAUGCAUCAUCUAGGCCACGCGAUAGAUGGGAAAGCUUCAGGAAAAACCCGGGUGGUGAUGACUGAUAGGAGAUCUGCUAUGGAAGGAGGCAGUAUUUGCAGCGAUAAUUCCAUCAAAAAGGAGGAUCACUCAUCACACUCAUCUACCUGUGUGGUAGACACAACUACCAAAGGGGAAGAUCUGGCAGGCUGGAGAGGUCAUUUUGGUAAUGCCACUCUCCGAGGUCUGCUAGCCGUGAGUCUGACUGUCAAUGCUAUCUUCACAUCAGCCUAUGUCUACCGGAGCCUGCGCUGAUUUGUGCCAACACGCCCUUUCUUUCUGGUUCCACCUGCUUCUGAGGAGACAAGAAGAAUUCAACCAUGGCUUCAUGUCUAAUGGCCAUGCCACUGGUGCAUGCUGUUUUUUAAAAAAACUACUGUAUGCUCAACUGUCCUGACAAGGAAUGCAGGUAGCUGCUGCCAUCACUUCCAGCUAGAACAUAUCCCAGGAUUGUCCCUGGAGGUGGCAGGCAGAAUUCCCAGAAAGCUCCAGUUCAAAGCAAGAGGCCAGUCAAGUGGCCCACGUGCUUUCUUUCAAAGGAACUGACCUGAGACACAAGCCUGAAAAUGUGCAAGCUACAUUUUUGGGAACCUAUCCCCAGCUCUUCUUUCGGACGUAUUAACUUUGUGCUGAUGGUGCUGGUAAAAUGAGGAGAAUUAGAACAAAUGAGCUGGAGAAGAGGGGGAUGGCGUAGUAGCUGGUGCUGGGCUUUGGUUGCUGUCACAGUGUUUCCAGCCUCUUUGCCCAGUGGUUCCUCUUCUCUCUUCCCUUUGGCACUCUCCUCUAAAUUAUCAGUGAAUUUUCUCGAGUUGCCUUAAGCUUGCCUAAGCGCAUGGGUGACCUUGGCUGCUCUGUCAUAUUCUUGCAUCUUUUAUGUCCAUGUGCUUCCAACCUGGGCUGUGCCCUGAGGCUGCUUUUACCAGUUGCCAUUCUGGUCAUGCUGGUUCUCAGAAACUUUGUCUGUACAUCCUCCAGCCAGCACUGUGUUGCUGUAGGUAUGCGCAAACCCCAGACAGACAUUUUUGUGGUUUGCAUUAGAAAGAGGAAACCGUGCUUUACCUAGGAGGCAUUAAUUCUGUUACAAUUAAUUCUGUUAUAGGAAAGGAUCCCUGUGUGUUUUGCACUGUAGCCAAAGGGCUUCAGCUCACAACUCUGCUGGUGGUUUCACUGAAGCAGUGAGUGGCAUAGCUUGUUCUUGCUGUAAAUCGCACAAAUCUGUUCUAUUUAGAAAAUACAUGAGGAGCUGUCUGUAUACAUUUAUCCAGAAACCUAAUGCCUCAAUCUGAUACUGGGAUUUGCUGAGCAACCAUUUAAGAUAUUUCUUACUUAGUUAAAUGCCAAGGUGCUUUCAGUGAGAAAUGCCAGACCUGCUUUUGGACAGUUUAGCCUUCCGGACAGGUUCUUUUUUUUUCUAACCCAAAGGAAGCAGCCCUAGAUUUUCAAAAGCCGUUUAUAAUUUGGGCACUUCUGCUUUUGGGUGAGUCUUCAGCAUAGCUUAGAAUUCAGGGGCCGUUUAGAGUAUCAUGCUAAAUACUCAAAGUCACUUAGUGCAUCUUGGGGAAAAACAACAAAUACCUUGAUCUUGAUGUUUUGAUUCUUAAAUCCCAAGUACAGAGAGAUUUACCAACAUGUUAGGGGUACCUGGUGAGAGCCAACUGACGUUAGCUGCAUAGUUCCUGAAGUAGGACUGACUCUUAAGAGUUUUGCUAUUGUCUCUUCCUUUGGGCUCCUUUACCUCAAACUUCUUUUCUCUUUCUCUCACCCUGUUGUCCUGUGUUUGCAUCUUGAAUUAGUGUUAUGCUUACUGUGUCUUUUACUCCCUUUCAGUUCUGCUGCUGUUCCCUCUAUUGUAGUCUUCUUGCAUGUGCACAGAAACAAAGUGUAUCUCAGCUGGUAAUUCCCUGCUCUGAACCUGAAAUUCAUGCCUCGAAGUGUCAAUCACCUUUCUUUUCACUUCAUUUUUUGUUUCUUGCAUGUGCUAAUUGAGUUCCUACACAGUCUCAGUACAUCAUGUGAGUGAUGGCCUGACUCUCAUCAGCAUGUAUGACGGAUUAAAUGGGGCUUUACUGCAGGUGAUUCAAGCACUGAACAAUUAAGUCUCUCUUUAUCUCUUCCAUUUCUUCCUGCAUUGUUUUAGCAGCUCGCUUUCAGCAGCUGCUCCCCAUCCUCCCUUGUUAGCGAGGGCUGCUCGUGGCCUACUCUGCUUCUUCUAACACAGGUGCUGAUCUGAGAGACUGCAGAGGUGUCAUUCCUGACUCUGCACCUUUCUCUCAGCCUGUUUAGGGUGUUGGUAAAGGGCUGCACAGCCAGCACCUCAUGCACAAAAGCCUAGAUCCAGGAUAGAGACCUGCAGCAGAAAGAUGUACUGCAGGUUGAUGAUUACUUCUUUUGUAACUCGCAUGAAUUGUUACUUGUAGCCAAACUGGACCCAUAACCAAGCUGUUAAGAGAUUUUUGCCCCUUUUACAGGCUUCUGCAGGCUCAUUUGAGCGUGUGUAUAGGCAAGGUGCUAGCAGACCAACUUAACAAGCUUUUGUUUAGACUCUGCUGUCUGAGUGUCAUGAUGUCCUGGUGCAGUGUGUGACAUCCCAUUCACAGAUCCUUGUCCUAACUUCCAGCGUACCCAGGGGCCUCCUAUACAGAGACAAACCUGCCAGAAAACGCUGUGGGUUUGCUUGUCUUUAUUAUGCCAACAGAUGUGCACUGUGACUUCAUGUAUGCAAACUUUCCACUUUCACCUUCCAGUCUGCCCUGAGUUUUACCAUUGCACUCACCUGGAGCCCAAGCUGGUCUCUGUCUCUACCAGAUUGCAAUACAAAUUUUCUCCUCCUUUCCAGCAUCCAAGGAGCUGCAGCCUCCAAACACACCUCUUCUUGACCAUAUUCCAGAACAGGAACACUUAAACCUGUCACAGCACUUCUGAAUCUGCUCACUGAAACUGUUCUUGGAAGGGUGUUUGGUGACCUUGUCCAAAGCAAGAUAAAGACUUUGGAUUUUAUUGCUGAAGAGGGAAGACAACCAACUUUUUCAUUCUGGUGCUAGAACACUCUCCAGUGGUGCUUUCACAGCUGUGAAGCCUUCGCUUGAAUAGUACACACGAGUAUACAUGUGUGUGCGCACGUGCACGUGUGCAUGCAUAUGUAUAAUAACAUUUGGAGGGUUUCUUCAUUUCAAAGGAUCUGAGCCCAUGUUUGUCUUUAUAUUGUUGGCCUUAAUCUAGCUCUUAGAUACUGUGUCUAUCUUGCUGCUGUUUUCUAUGUGAAGCUGGUUUGGAGGAAACAAAAGACUAUCUGGUCCCCCUGUAAAAAUCUUUGUGACUGAUGGUGUUGAUCUUCAUACAGUGUUGUUCAGGGGUGAAAUUUUAUUUUUCUAAUAUUUUUCCUACUGUAAAAUCUGUUGGAGUGUAUGGAAUGGAAAAGAUCUUUAAAAAAAUGAUCUGAUAAAGAUGUGAGUUACUUAAUAACUCUAACAAUUAAUGAUCAGGUGGGAUAUAAAUGGGCUCCAUUUCCAGACUUUUUCCAUGACCUACCUUCCCUUGAAAAUGCCCCGGUACUUUUUCUUCGGAUACAGGCUUGUUAGGCAUGUUCUGAGGCCUCACAGAGACUUCAGAUGAUUUUGCUGUUCUGAACUAGAAAGAAUUUGGAUUUUAGAGUCUGGUUCCAGUUCCGCAGUCUGGGUAGUUUGGCAGAUGGGACAAAUGCUAUGCAUGUACCUAUCUAAUGGGUUGGAGAGAGUUGGUAGAAUGAGUUGCUGAUUUCUGAAGGUCAUCAUAUCUUUUUACAUAAAGUCUUAGACAUGAUAUUGGUCACUGUGGCAAUGUGGGAUAAAAACCUCAUUGCUGGCAUACAUAGGCCAGAUUCCUGAAUUGUAGGCUGUCUGUGCAAGCAACAGACUUGGCCUGUGAAUGUUUUAUUCCUACUCCCUCUUGGGUGAUGGGAACAUCUGUAAAACACUGCUGAACUGACUGGGUUCCUUAAAACAAGGCAGUUGGGAUGAAGGGCUUGUGUUGCCUGUGGAUGCUGCUAUAUUUUUUUCUUCCAAGCGCCGUUCCUUGAAAUAACUAUGGUCUCAACCUCUCUCACAGACUUUUGUUAGAAGGCUAGAAAGGGCCAAUUUGGCCAAUACUUACUUUCGUUUGUUUUUUAAAUAUACAUUGCAUCCAGAAGUUACCAUCACUGUGUCCUUGGGGUGGGAGUAAGGGACAGAGUACUUCUGGAUGGAAUGGGUAUCUAGAGAAGGGUGAGAACAAUAAUUCUGAGUCCUAAACCUUACUUCCCGUGAAAGAGACUGUAUGUCACGUGUGUAUACUUGUUUGGGGAGCUCAAACACUGUACAGUUUAGUUAAAUGUGCUCCAAGGGAGGAAAAGCUGUUCCUCAGAGGUUUUUAGUUCAUGCUGUGUUUAAAGAGGAAUAUUUUUCUUUAAAAAAUAAAAACGGAUAAGUUUU